AUGGCUAAUAAUAACUCAGUGAUCGGUGGUGAAUCCUUAAUGCGAAAAAUCAAUGACCAAGUGAUUCUGGUUCAGGUUUUGGUAGCAGCUUUUCUUUGCAUCAACUUUUUGCUAAUCACAACUUUUUUUAUGAAGGCUUUCUUCUACACAACCAUGCGCUACAUCUUAUUUGCAAAUACAUUACUAUCUGAUUGUUUGUUUUUAUUCAUGACUGAUAUCCUGCUCAUCUUGAGCUAUUUUCGUUUUUCCAUACAACUGUGGUUGUGUCUUGUUAUAUAUAUUGUUUUGUCUCUGUACACUUUUGUCACACCAGUUACUCUGACAGCAAUGACCCUGGAGCGCUUUGUGGCCAUUUGCAUGCCCCUGCGGCAUGGAGAACUGUGCUCCACACGCAGCUCUCUGCGCUGUAUCCUCAUCAUUCACAGCCUCAGCUCUGUACCCUGUAUUAUAGUUCUCUCCAUCUUCUUUGCAUCUGCGACCCACCGCUUCUAUACCCAAGACAUAAUAUGUUCUGUGGAGACCUUCAUUUUGUACAGUUGGCAGAGUCAUGUUAGGUCAGCUAUAAGUCAAUUCUACUUCUUGAUUAUGUGUAUUACUAUUGUAUUCUCCUAUGGUAAAAUAACAAAAGUGGCCAAAGCUGCAUCAGGAGAGAAUAAAAAGUCAACAAGGAAAGGGCUCAGAACAGUACUUCUUCAUGCUUUCCAGCUGCUGCUCUGUCUCAUCCAGCUGUGGUGCCCAUUAAUAGAAAAUGCUGUCCUUCAGAAUAAUGUCAUGUUAUAUGUUAAUGUCAGGUACUUUAACUACAUUACUUUUAAUCUUGCUCCAAGAUGUCUGAGUCCAUUCAUUUAUGGCCUCAGGGAUGAAAUGUUUUUUCAUGCACUGAAAUACAUUGUUCUCUGUGGCUUGUAUAAGAAACAACCAUCGGAUUUAUUUUGA